GCUCGUUCCAAAUGGCUGACGCUCAACCUGCUGAGAACCCCGUCGCUGCGGAAGCUCCUCGUGGCGAGCGCGGCGAACGCGGCUUCGGCCGUGGCCGUGGCGGUCGCGGUGGCCGUGGUGGCCGUGGCGGCCGCGGUGGCCGCGGUGGCGCCGGGGAGGAGAAGGAGUGGGCCCCGUGCACCAAGCUGGGCCGCCUCGUGAAGGCGCAGAAGGUCACCUCCCUCGAGGAGAUCUUCCUCUUCUCGAUGCCCAUCAAGGAGCACCAGAUCGUCGACACCCUCAUCACCGAGGGCCAGCUGCGCGAUGAGAUGAUGAAGAUCUACCCCGUGCAAAAGGCCACCUCUGCCGGUCAGCGCACCCGCUUCAAGGCCUUCAACGUCGUGGGCGACGGCGCCGGCCACAUCGGCAUUGGUGCCCGCGUCGGCAAGGAGGUGUCCCUGGCGAUCCGCUCGUCGAUGAUUGCGGCCAAGCUCAACAUCGUGCCGAUCCGCCGUGGUUACUGGGGUAACAAGAUCGGCGAGCCCCACACGAUCCCCAUGAAGGUGACCGGCAAGUGCGGCUCCGUCGCUGUCCGCCUCGUGCCCGCCCCUCGCGGUACCGGCAUCGUCGCGGCCCCAGUGCCGAAGAAGAUUCUGGAGUUCGCCGGCGUGGAGGACGUGUACACGAGCUCCCGCGGCAAGACCCGCACGCACGGCAACCUGAUCAUGGCCACCUUCUAUGCCCUGCGCAAGACCUACGGCUUCCUCACCCCCGACCUGUGGGCGGAAACCGAGCCGUCCCGCGAGCCGGCCGACGAGCACGGCGAGUUCCUUGCCGAGGUCGCUGCUGCGUAGAUGGCGUGUGCUUUGUUUGUCACCAAUGGGACUACGCCAUUUCUAUAGUUUGUAGCCUUUCUUUUUCAUUUCACUCUUCUC